GGGCCAUUGGAACAAGGGAAGUGAUAUAUAAAUGUGGCAUUCUUAUCUUGAUGCAGCAUACAACUCAUACCUCAAUUAUCUCGUCCAACUGAGACUAUCAUGUCAACUAUCGACAAAGUCGCCAUCAUCGGCGCCGGCCUCUCAGGCCUAGCCCUCGCUCUAGCCCUCCACAAGCAAUCCAUCCCUUGCUCCCUCUACGAAGCCCGCUCAGCCCCCUCGAUAUCGGUGGCGCCAUCAUGAUCUCCCCAAACGCCCUGCGCAUCCUCGACCAGCUAGGCGUCUACGGGCGCAUCCGCCCAGAAGGCUACGAGUUCGACAAACUCUACUUCCGCUCCCCGGACGAUCAGCCAAUGGACACCUUCGAUUUCGGAGGCACAGAGAAAUACGAAUACCGCGGCAUGCGCAUCUACCGGCACGUUCUCAUCCGGGAACUCUCCGCCAUGGUCAACGAAGCGGGCAUCCCCAUCAACUACCACAAGAAAUUCGUCGGAGUACUCGCAGAGACAGGGGAGGAUAUCACCUUUGAAUUCGCCGACGGCAGCAGCGAAACAGCAACUUGCCUCGUCGGCGCGGACGGCAUCCACUCCCGCGUCCGGAAGUACCUCUAUCCAGACCUAGAACCCAUCUUCACUAACAUCGUCGCCGUAACCGCCGCCGUACCGACAGCCCAGCUCCAGAUCCCGGACGGGUAUUGCCUCCCGGUGACGAUCCUGAACAGAACGCAUGGGGCAUUCGUCAUCGCGCCGCAGUUGGCCGAUGGCUCGGAGGUUCUCAUCGGGCGCCAGAAGCGGGCGCAGCAGUUGAGUCGAGAGGGGUGGGACGAGCUCCUAAGUAAUAAGGACUGGUGCGUGGAUUUCCUGCGGGAAGGCGCGGACUCGUUUCCGGAGAUCGUGCAGCGGGCUGUGGCGGAUAUCACGACGGACAAGAUCAAUCUUUGGCCGUUUUAUGUUGUGCCGAAGCUUGGGACGUGGAGCUCGAGCCAUUGCAGGGUGGUGAUAUUGGGGGAUGCGGCGCAUGCGAUUCCGCCGUCGGCGGGGCAGGGGAUUAAUCAGGCGUUUGAGGACGUGUUCACGUAUGCUUUGAUCCUGGGACGGUCGGAUAAGGGGUCUCUUCAGCGGGCUCUGAAGAUUUGGCAGGAGGGACGGCAGCAGAGGGUGGAUAAGGUGCUGGCGCUGAAUGCGCAGAUUGAUAAACGGAGGAUGCCAACGAUGGGGGAGGAGGCAGAGAAUAAGCCGUUUGAUUUGGAGUGGUUGUAUAAGCCGGAUUUUGUGGAAAUGGUGGACAGCUGGCUUUCCAAGAUGCCAUCUGAUGGUAAUUAUAUUGCAUAGAUACAGCUAAUCAUUACAAUGCAAUCAUUUCC